UUUCGACGCGAUUCCAAUGAUGAGAUAUUUGAGACGAUCUCUGGCGAUGAUUCUCUGAAGAAAAACUACCAGAAAAUCGCCCGACGAUCCAACCUCGGCCUGGCUGGACAAAUUUUCAUGUAUCAAGCGACAGAUGCGGACGGGCUUAUAUUUGAAAAAUAUGAUACUUGGUCCGCGUGCUUCGAGCGGUUACGAUCUUCUACAGAGAAAGCUGAGAAUGCAUUGGAGAUCUGCCUCAUUACCUCCGACACCACGAAUCUUGGCCGUGUGUUUUCCUUUAUUCACAGAGUCUUUCUUCUCGAUCAUGACCGUCUUCAACAAGCUUAUUCCGUGCCGAGUCAAAUGGUCAUCCGAAUUCUCCAACGCCAAUGGAGAUUACGCGAUGAAACAAUGACUGAAAUCACGGAAAGCGUAUGUGCAAAGGACCUUUCUCUCCCGGCAUGGCAACCAAAGCUGCCAUCUCAUCGCAACAAAGCAGAAAUAGAAGGCUAUCUUCAGGUGCCAUUGAAGUUUGCGUUUAGAUGGAUUGAUGCUCCGUACUACACAACGGACCUUUCAGUUUACGUGUUUCGGCCAUAUGGAAAACCUCCCCAAGUGAAGACUUUGGAUAUUAUUUUAACCUCGAUGGAAUACGAGCAGAUUCAGCGGGCGAUUGUAGUUGUGAACUCUCACAACACAUUGGCCGAGUUACGACGCGACUUUCUUCCCCAAGUGUUUCAGCAAGAUGUUGCCGGCCUUCCGUAUGUCAUGCGGCUGGUCCGAGUUGUGUGUGCUAAGAUCACCGAUGAGCUCGUCAAUUUUCUGACAAAAGCAUGCGACGACAUCAAUUAUAUGGCCUAUGAAGGACGGCUUCGUCCCUCUGGAAGCAAGAUGCAAUAUCUUCGGCACCUGGAAGACUGCCACCGUGCUGCCAAGGAUUGCUGUCAAAAAAACCGAUGUACCCUUCAGGUGUUGCUCAACGAAGUUAACUUCAUUGUAGGGCCACGCACUGAUGACGAGGUCAGCCUGAUCAAUGAGCUUAAAAUGGCGACGAACGAUCUAGACUACCUUCAUGAUGAAGUUGAGUCGUCUUUGCAAAGAAUACUAGGUGUAUGUCGAGACAUUCGCGAGCAAUUGGAUUUUCUCCAAAUACGUCGGACAAGCAUCUUGGGAAUUCUCGCUGGACUAUACUUGCCACUUGCGUUUGUGUCUAGCUUUCUAGGAAUGAAUAUCAACCAAUACACGCAACUGCAACCAUCUUGGCACAAUGCCACCCAUAUUGAUCCAACCAAUCCGGAAAACAGGACCAUCUCCCAUUCCGAGAUUGUGGACUCCGGAGCCAAUCAAUCAUGGUCAUUGGAAAACUUCUUCGAGAUUGCGGUGCCGCUUAUGGUCGGCACAAUACUUGUACCCCUUGUUAUUGGAAGCAUCAUUCGAAUGUUCCUGCAAGCGCUUGGGCGUGGAAGGACUUGGUGGCGUCUUUUGUUUCCUUUUCUUGUUGUCGGGUCAGUUCACAUAACUUUGAAG